AUGACUCAAACCCCCAAAAUCAAGGCAGUCUUCUUUGAUUUCAUGGGCACUUGCCUAGACUGGCACACAAGCAUUGUCAAUUCUUCGCCCUCAUUCUGCCUCAAGGAUGAUGCUUCCAAUAUCGCACUGGAAUGGCGCAGAAUAUUCUUCAUCGAAAUCCAAACACGGUUCCGGCAGAGUCUAGAUCCAGAGGAUAUUGACGUGACACUAGCUCGUGCUCUAGAUAUUGCACUCGAGAAAUUUCCCGACUACCAAUCAAGCUUCCAUCCAGAUGCCAAGAAACAAAUGAUUGAAGCCUGGCAUUCCCAGUCCGCCUGGCCAGAUGUCCAAAAAGCUAUUGAGACCCUACGAGGAGACCUUGAUCUCGAGGUAUUUGUGCUCGCAAACGGAACAACUCGUCUGCAGCUGGAUCUUGUUCGCUCUUCAGGACUUUCUUUCAACAUGCUCUUUUCUAGUGAGCUGCUGGGACUUUACAAGCCCCAUCAAGAAGUAUAUAAAAAGGCCCUGCAGCUUGUGAAGCUGAAGCCUGAGGAAGUAGUGAUGGUGGCCGCCCAUGCGUACGAUUUGCGUGGGGCUCAGGGUUGCGGGUUAAAAACAAUAUAUAUCCAUCGAUGGACCGACGAUGUAGAUGAGGACAUGGAAAAGGUUAAAUCGGAGUUCAAUGCAUUCUUGGAGUAUAUGGUGGACCUUCCGUUCGUGAUUGAACAUUUGUGA